GGUAGAUGAUGAAUCACUAAGAACUAGUCACCGAAUAUGUCACUUUUUGGAAAGUUUCAAAACAAGUCAUAGUUUUUGUCUUUUGAUUUUAAUUUAGUAUUAUUCAUGGAAAAAAGUCGAUUUUCGAGGCCGUGUAAGUGUUUGUAGUGAUAUAUGGGAAGAUACAUAUCAUCACUUGUAUGAUUUGGAUGUAACUUUACAUUUUAUUGAUGAUGAUUGGUACAUGCAUAAAUUAGUUAAAUUUAAAUAAAUAACACACCAGUGAUAAUAUUUACUACGUACUACGUAUAUUAUUUGGGUGUGACUUUUGGGAUUAAGGCACUGAUGUUGUUGUUGGGUGUGACUCUACUUUUUUUUAUCAUAGAACAUUUUUUAAUUGAAUAUAAUUUGCUUGAUAAGUUGUUUGUUAUAGGUUUUGGUAAGAGUACCGAAAAUACUAUUGUUAUACGCGUGAAUAGUUGUAUUAUUCCACCUUCUCUGAAACUACUCGGGAAUUCCGAUCAACUUCAAUGGCUGGGUUCGCAAAAGCAUUCAGCACUGCGAGAGAUGCGGCUUGUACUGCCUGGGGCUAUACGAAACAGCUUCUGAACUCAUCAACAGACCAACCAAAGGCUGGAGAUCAAACUUCCCAAACCGUAGAUCUUCAAGCGUUUCUUUUGAAGCCAUAAGAAGAAAUCCUGAAUGGGAUGUUUGGUCAAGAGCGGUGAGACGAUUCUGGAGAAUUGGAUGAAGAAGAUGUUGAGGUCUUUGAACAAUUCAGCCUGUUGGCGUCCGAAAUCGUAUCCAUUUGGAAAGAAUUGCUCGGAAGCAAACGGAAAAUCUACAUAGUCACAUAGGGAAAGAACUCCUUGGGAAACUCUUAGAGGCCAACCAAGAAAGUGAGAAGAACAAAAAGGUGUCAAAGUAUACUCUAUCAAAGUAUACUGCAAAAGUUCUUUCAAUGAUCCUGAGGCAUUUCUUGGUCACACUCUCCCCUGCUUACAUUCACUCCCCAGUCUAUAGCUCUAUGAUCACUCCAAGACAUGGUAUCAGAGUUAUUCUCCAAGUGCAGCUGUGCAGAGAGAUCAGAGGAGAGUAGGACAAUGAAGAUCGUCAAAACUGUUGGUGUGGUUGCUGGUGUGGCUGUUGCAGCAUGGGGUAUAACAAAGUUGUUUGGUAGUUUCGGACCGGAUGAUCCAGUUUCAAAACCUGAACAAAGAAAGAAGAUGAUGAAGAAUCCAGGAAGGCCUCACCAAGUCAUUGAAAGGAAUGGGUUUGAAUCAGCACCAGCAGUGCGCUUCAAGAUGAAUCAUGAGCUGAAGAAAGCUGAGAAAUUAGCAAAGGGAAUCAAAUAAAAGUAUUAUAUCGAGCUUCGGUAUUAAUUGGUUUAGUUUGGUGUUAUCCACAAGACUAUGACCACUUUGUAAUGAAUGGUCUUCUGCAUUAUCGUAGUUUUAGAAGUGUCACUUGAAACCAAUCAUGCAAUCACCCUCCAAUUUCAAGGUUAGAUUACCCUAAAAAAAACCUAGAUUGUGUGAAUUAUGUGAUCUUUUUAUUUUGAUGUGUAAUUUUUUUUAGCGUUGUGCAUGUCAUAUUAUAUUUUAUGUGUGAAAGAUGACUUAACCGCAUCAGGAUAUGUCUAAACGUGUUAUGUAAUGUGCUUUAUCUAAUGAUUUAUCUAUUCGUUGAAGUAGUACUUAUAAAUUAAUUUAUGUGAUUCUUAGGUUUAGGGACCAUUUCCCUGUUUUUUUUUUUGAAAGAAAAUUGUAACUACUCCA